AUGGCUGAUAUUGAUAAUCAGAAUUCCGUUGCCUCUGCAACAUCUGCCACCUCGUCACCUCAGGCACAAUCUCCUGCAAAAAAAGAGAAGAAAGUUAAAAAUCCUAGAGCGAAACCUUCUCAUCCACCAACUUCCGAAAUGGUGAACAAUGCCAUCAAAGGACUGAAAGAGAGGGGUGGUUCAUCUCUUCAAGCAAUUAAGAAGUACAUCGCGGCGAAUUAUAAGGUCGACGCAGAAAAAGUUGCUCCUUUCAUCAAGAAGUACCUGAAAGCCUCUGUGGCUUCUGGAUCGCUAGUUCAAACUAAAGGCAAAGGUGCAUCUGGUUCUUUCAAGCUGUCUUCUGCUUCUUCGGCCACUUCAAAGCCUUCAGUAGGUGAAAAAAAACGUAGUGUUGCUGGAGGAAAACCUAAAAAAUCGACCUCAACGAAACGUGCUGUUUCCGGUGAUAAAUCGAAGUCUCCCACCAAGAAGGCGUCGUCUCCGAAAGCCAAGAAAACUACUUCCGAUAAAAAAACUGUUACGUCGAAAGCAAGAAAACCUGCCGCCGCCAGUGAAGACAAGAAAUUAGUUGCUGCCAAAUCAGCAGCGACGACCACAUCGAGUAAAGUUAAAUCUCCUUCCAAAGCGAAGAAAUCUGGUAAAGGAGCUCCGACUAAAAAGCCGAGGGCACCUAAACCAAAAACAGCCAAGGUUGCUACUUCCACGGGGGCUUCUUUGACAAAAUCCAAGAAGGCAGCAUCCCCGAAAAGGAAGAAGUAA